ACGAUCUUUCUUUGGAUCAAUCAAGGACGAAGUUUUGAAAUACUGAAGCCGCAUAUAAUCACAACAUUGCUCUACAUGGAGAACCUUUUUUGCAAAGAGCAAUUUCAUAAAGAUCAAGUUUUCGCACAUGCUUGGACGUUGGCGGUGGAAGAACAAUUCUAUAUCUUUUGGGCAUUUAUCAUCCUCCUCAUCCGACCUUUACGACCAUUUAUGAGGGCAACUGUCAUGAUCUUCUUGAUUGGAUUAUCGGUGGUAUACAGACUACACAUGUUUGCAAUCAGGGAUAUGGAUUUGAUGAGCAAGAGUUUAUCCGCUAAUGCUUAUGCAUUAUUAUCAGGUAGUGCACUGCAAUUAUGCUGGCAACCUUUGCCUAAAUGGACUGCACAUAGAUGGACAGGAUACACUGGACAAGUGAUGUUCGUUGGUGUUGUGAUGGCAAUGCGAGUUGACAGUAUUGUUUAUUCUGGUGCAAUUUGGGGACCUUUUAUCACCACUGUUGCUACUAUGUUGGUCGUUCUAGCCUCUGCUGGUCAAGGCAAUUUCAUUUUGGAAAAUAGUAUUUUGCGCUAUAUGGGACGUACAUCUUAUUCUUGUUAUCUGUGGCAUCACGUUCUUCUUUGGCUUACGGGUUUAUUCAAUCAAGUCACAAUUCCAGCAAUGGGCGUAGUCACUUUAUCAUUGGCUAUAGCACAUUACUCUACCAUCUACUUCGAAGAGCCAAUUCGAGAACUUUACAAGGACACUUUAUGGUUUAAGGAACAGAAACAGAAACUUGCUGCUUCUAAGAAGUUGUUACCUAGCUGAUGAAUGACCUAAUGAAUGCAUUAUACCAUAAACUUACAUAAGAAUGAGGACUUUUACUGUUUGAAACCGCAUAUGUACACCAUGCAAAUAAGCCUCUUACGCUCCUCCCUCAAAGAGAACAAUUACAUAUGCUGCCGAAAAACAAAAGAGAGUCUAGACGCAGAGCUGCAAGUCUGAAUCCAAUAAUGGAUGCCGAAAAGAG